CUGACAAUUCUCUCAUAAACGUAUUACAUCUAUUCUACGACAAAUCAACUCGUGACUUCAGUUCGAACGGUUCUCUCCUCAGGUCCCUCAGGCAGCAGUCAGCAGCACCCAGGGCAGUUUGAUUUUCAGUUCGGUGUGUUCCUUUGAUUUUCACAUUCGUAUUUUUGGUUUCCGCGAUGGCCAGCAAUACCCAGGGAAUCCAGCAGCUGCUGGCUGCCGAGAAGAAGGCCGCCGAAAAGGUUGGAGAUGCCCGCAAGCGCAAGGCACGCCGUCUGAAGCAAGCCAAAGAUGAAGCUACCGAGGAAAUCGAGAAAUACCGUGCCGAGCGCGAGAAGCAAUUCAAGGAUGAGGAAAUUAAGCACAUCGGAUCUCGCGAGGGUGUCUCCAACAAGAUCGACGCCGACACUCGAGUUCGCAUCGAAGAAAUGAACCGAGCCCUUACUACACACAAGGAGACCGUCAUUGUCAACGUGCUGGAGCACGUGUACGCCAUCCAGCUGGAUCUGCACAAGAACUUCCGCCAGUAAUCUUCGGGGGUUUAUUUGUCCGUUCGCAUCUGCCUGAAGUCUACAUUUCUCUGUUUCGUUUUCUGCAUAUCCCGUUGUACUAUGCGGUAAUCAAAUAAUUUUGUUUGUUACUUAUACUUUUCGAGAAUUGCUGAGAAUUUUAAAUGAUCAGAAAAUCGAUCAUUUCUCUUAGUUUUAUUGUAAAUAAGAACAUGUUAAAAGGAAACGCUGUAGGUUAACAAUAAACGUAAGAAACAACA